UGUACUUUUCUCCCCGUGACGCGUUUGAGCACAAACAUCAUUUACACCCUCAGGUCGUAAACACCUGCCUGCUAAGGUAUAAAAGCAGACUCGCAGUCUCCGUCCACAGACAACCUUUGCCAGGAUCCCAUCAAGACAUCGAAGGAUUCUUAGAGUCAAGCCAGCCCAACUCUCAAGACUUCAACAAUGAUGAUAAGCCGUCUUCUCUUGGUCUUUCUUGCCGUCCUGCCAGCUGCAGUUCUCUCCAUGCCCGCUAGGCAGCACCGGCGCAGCGCUAGAUCGGACUAUUUUUCAUGUGAGGGAAAAGAGUUCGGUCGUCUGUACCAGGACCUUCAGGACUGCCAGCGCUACUUCGAGUGUGUGGAGGGUCACUCUGAACCGUUCCACCGCAACUGUGCGCCCGGAGACAUCGUCUUCGACGAGGAGCAACAACAGUGCGACUGGCCGUGGAACGUACCUGCACCUUGCGGGACCAAAGACGUCAGCUCUACAGAGCAAGAGCAGACAGACGACAGUUCUGAGGAAGACGGCGGUAACCAGGGUAACGGGGAUGGGGACGAGAACGGACAGCAGACCGAGACGGGGGAUGGGAACGAGGACGGAGUUCAGACCGAGGCGGGGGGAGACGAGGAGACAGGCGCCUCUGACGAAGAUGAGAACACUGAUGGGGACGACGCAGACAGUUCCGAAGAAUCUUCUGAGGAAUCUGAAGAAUCUUCCGAAGAAUCUUCUGAGGAAUCUUCUGAGGAAUCUUCCGAGGAAUCUUCUGAGGAAUCUGAAGAAUCUUCAGAGGAAUCUUCUGAGGAAUCUGAAGAAUCUUCAGAAGAGUCUUCGGAAGAAUCUUCCGAGGAAAUAUUGGAGACUCUCUUUGGCGACAUCUUUGGGUAAAUAUGCGAAUGACACACACGAGUUGGUUAAGACCUUCGUAUGUUGUCAGCUGCUCAGUUAUGUUCAGUGUUGGCAGUGAGUCGCUUUUGUAACAAAGUUCUUUAUAGAUAUGUUUCUCGCUGGUCGAGACAUGGAUACGUUUUGUAAUUUUGUUUAUAUUUCCUAGUUAUGUUGUCAGUGUUGCAAAAUACAUGUACGUUAUUUUGAUAAUAUAUAAUAACUUUGUGUAUUGAUCAAGUAUUGUUUGAUCAUUGUGCCAACGAACUCUCAGGACAAAGUGUGACUUUUAUCUGUGAGAAUGUGAUGAACAUAUUAAAGACAUCUGUUUUUAUCA